UCCACAUCCAAACUGAACUGUGCUGUUCCUCCUCUGGCAUCCAAGAGAAUACUGAGCAGCUCUCCACUCAUCCUGACUAACUAAUUUAGUGCUAUCCUGUGGAUUCUCUGAGGAUCAAGUCCAGGUAAAGAAUGGCUUCUCUCUCGUAUUGGUGCUCAGGUGCAAACUCUGUCAUAGAUUUUGGUGAUUCUUUGGGAAAUUGAAGGAGAUAUCACAUAGACAAUGUAAAUAUAGCAGAGUAAAUUCUGAUACUGACAUGCUAUGCAUGUGCUUUGUGAACGAUAAGUAAUUUAAGUUUAGCCCUUCUACAUGUAUAAUCCUCUCCUGUAAAAGCUCAAAGAAAAUCGCAGUGAAUGUUUUUACAGUUUGUGCAAAGAAUGACAAAGCUAGGAGACAAAUUUCAGCAGUUAGAAACUAAAAUAGCACCCUUUUAAUGCCUAAAUGCUUUGUACAUUUGGGGCUUUUUAUGUAAACAAGAAUACAUGCAUUAUGGUUAGUAGCAAAUUCAUAAUUUACCAGAAAAGAGAGCUUGGUGAUCUGUUGUAACAAUUAGUUUGUGCUAUUACACAUGCUCUCUAUACACCGGAUACUUCUGGUAACCUGAUAGGGUGAGCUCAAUCAUAAACUAGGUUUUGUAGUGUUGGAGUGAUGAAUGUGAACGUGACAGCAGGAAGAGGAAGCUCUGGGCUCAGCUCUCAAAUUCACAGCUAAUUUAUUGUCAACUAACUGACUCCUAUGUUCCAAGAAUAAACCACCGCAUUUAAGUGCUGCUGUGAGGACAAAUAAUAAUAACAGCAAAACUGAAAGGCUGGAUUGAUUACUUCUGAAGUCAGACCUCAUCUACACGCAACAUCCACUCAACAUCCCUAGUAGUUUCUCUCGCCUUGCCUCCGUCACACUUCCAUCUGUCGACACCACAAAUUUAAGGGCUCAUCAUUCUAGAACCCAAGGACCAAAUGACAAAGUAGAGUUGGCUUCCAAAAUAAAGCUGAGGGGCGUUCAUCAUGUUCCCUGCCUCCCUGGACUGACUGUGGUCUUCCAGACUUCCACUUUUAACUUGGGGAAUUAUACACUGUGCAGGGAUCAUUAUAGGUAUAGCUAAAACACUGCCUGCUCAGAGUUAUACUUUAUGUAGUGUUGUUCUAGCUGAGAGUAGCUGAGCUGGAAAACAAGGGAGACGUUCAUGCAUGGGGGUAGGAUAGCUAGGGUAGGCUGGAUGUCAUUAGCUGGGAGGGAAGCCCAUGUUGUCUGCCAACGGUUAGGGACUUUAAAAGGAGUGCACUUCCGGCCAGAGUCCCUCCACUUAGCUAUGGUGGAGACUCAUAAUAGCCCAUGGUUAGUUCUCCCUGUAUACUAAUCAAGGCUUUAAUUCUUUAACCAUUACAAAGCAGGACUUCACAGGCACUUUGCAGUUAAACUCAGUCUAAUUGCCUCCCAUCCAGGCAUUUUGGCUGUAAUUGAAAAUAAUGUAUCACAUUUUCAGUUUAAAAGGGUGUUAAAUGUAGCCAACAUACUGUACAGCUUUCAACAGAGUUUGUAUCUUCAGUUCACAUCAUUUUGGUGGAUUGGCUCUCGUUUCAGAUACACAUUGUGACAAUGAAGGCUGCAAUUGUUUUCGUCCUGCUCUUUGCAACGGUCCUCUGUCGCCCAGUGAAACGCUCGUCCAGCAGCAGUUCAGAGAGCUCAGAGGAAGUGGUGAGUGUUCCUCUCAUAUGAGAACAUAUAUAUUGACAGACAGGCAGACGGACAGACAGACGUGUGCUUGGUAUCAACUUCAAUUCAUGUUCAUGUUGGCAGGUAAAACCAGCUCCGGUGCUUCGGAAAGCCCCAGCAGAACUCCCCCAGGUUGCAUCUGUACAGGUAAGAGCGUGUUCACCUUCUUUCAGGGAACAUUACUUUCUAUUCUGUAUGUGUAUUGGCAUUGAAAUGUAUACAUUUGUCCUAUACCGUUUUUAUUGGACUCUUCUUAAUGCUGCGGUUUUCUUUUAGAAUGUGGGUGCUGGUACAGCAUCAGACGAGAGCUCCGACGAAGAUGAAACAGAAGUAAAACAUCAUUCUGUCGUAGCAUAAGACGCUAAAUCACUCUUACACCUGAUAGAGACAACCAUAUCUGUGCUUUUGAUGGAUGUUGUUGAUGGAUGUUGACAUGCUGAUGGGUCCUGUUUUUCUAUUAUCCAGGGAGCUGAUCCUACAUCAGACCCAACAGCGGACAGCACAGCAUCAACAGACAGUGCAGACAGUGAUGAAAGCAAGGACAGCACAGACAGUGAUGUAAUACACAAUGUAUAAAACUAUUCAUGUGUAGGAUAUAUUGAGUCACAUUUUCAUUCGUAGAUGUACGUGUAGUUAUGGCUCCAGUAAGUCUACAGGACCACACAGUCUAUAGUUUAUAGUUCAAUGAAGACGUCUAGCUAAUCUCGACAGACAGGAGCGUUCACUAAGCUCUUAUUUUAAAUUCACAUCUUAUAAAGGUGACGUAAGACUAAAGAUGUUGUUGUGAUGUGUUUUCAGGAAACAGAGGAGUCAGAGUCUGGGGAGGCAGACACAACCGCUGCCCCUCCCACCGCUGAGCCCACUGUUGAGCCCACCCUGGCUCCCACCGAGGCCCCCAUCUACGACGACGGACGCGGAGACAGCAUGGGCUACCCCGGCGACUACAAGAAGUCCAUCAUCUAUGUAGAUACCAACAACAUCGAGAAGGGACCCUCCACAUACAAAUCCUAUGGAAAGAUGGACGAGGGCAUGUAUGCUGGCAAGAAGGUGUCCGUCUACAACACCGGGCUAGGAAACGAGAUUGAGAAGACGCUGAAGGUGUUCAAGGUCCAUUUGUCUUUCCUCUGUGUUAGAAUUCUCCAUCUCAAACUCACAAGCAUUAUUCCCUUCCAUUUAGUUGUAAGAAUUGUCUCUAAACAUCCUUCCAUCACCUCUCUCCAGGCCCUGCAGGUGCAUGAUUUUAUGGAAGAGGACACCAGCACCCCCGAGGUGGAGAGCCAGGGUUUGGAUGCCUCCAGCGGGACAGCCCAGGAGCCCAGCCUGCGCCAAGCGCACAUCGACAAAGCCAGCCAGGACAGCGGCCCCCAUGAGAGCCCCGAGAGCCAGGGAGCUGAGAGCCUGGAGGAGGAAGAGGCAGAGAGUGCCAGCACUAGCGCCAGUGAUGCGACAAGUGAGAGCACCAGUAGCGCUAGCAGCAACGGCACCAGCGAGAGCACCAGCGCCAGUGAUGAGACUGACAGCAGCAACAGCAGUGAGGAGGCUACAGCCACGCCCGGGGCAGCAGACAGCGACUCAGCCGGGAGCGACGAGAGCCAGGAGAGUGACAGCGACUCGGCUGAGGAGGCGGUCACAGAGGCUGCCAUCACUACCGACGCUCCCGUCGUCAUCAAUGCCUAGUAAAGGCCUGUCUUUCUCAUCCUGCUGCUGUCGACAGUGAAGAAUGCUACCAGGACCAGGAAGGUGCUCUAUGACCCAGCCUUAGGAGGAGAGGUCAGAACAGAGAAUAACAAACAGAGGGCCCUUAAGGUCUAAUACAGUACGACAAUAAUACCUGAUAAGAGCAAUACUAGCCAUCUCAUCAGGACAUAAGGAACAGUCCAUUUUGUUCAAUUGCACAAUUAUUUACACUACAUGUUGUUUGUCCCAUUUUUACUGUAGGUAUAAUGUUGUAUCGUUUCUAAAUAAAUUCAUUUUUUCAUAAAAA